AUGGCUAUAUUAAGAACGAUAACAGAAACUGGCCAAAACCUAAAAGGCGAACCGCACGUUGGCAGGAGAUUUUCUGAAUGGCAGCUCAAUAACAAAUAUAUCCUCAGUGGCUAUUGUUACAGAAGUCGAACUAUAUGGAGACCUUCGCCAGCUUGUUGGUUUUGUACAACGAGACUUGCGAUGUGUAUACCUGUAUGGCCGAGGAUCUCCCCUCCUCCUACCAUUUGUCGCAAUUGCUUCUUUCAGUACCUGUCUGAGCCUCAAUUCCUUAACGUUUCAUCUCUGAAUUAUGCUAUGUUUGGGAUCCGUGCGGAGAUUUGUUUGGUCCUAAGGACGCUUUACCACCUGAUACACUCCCGCUCGCAUCGCAUGCAACAAUUCUGGCGUAGAAUGGAUCUGCUUGAUAUUCUCAUGUAA